UUUCAUUUCCGUUUAUGCGGUUUUUUAUCCACUUGAUUCGCUAUUUCCUUGCAAGAAAAUAUCGCGCCUUCUAUUAGUUCAUUCGAGGCUGAACUUUAGAAGGGCAAGUGGCCAAGAAUAUUACCGCGGAGAUUUUUAAUUGUUGCAAGUGAAUAGCAAUUAAUUAUAGUUAAUAGUUCUUUCAGCGCAAGUUCAGCUCGCAAGUGUUAGAUUCAGUGAAAUAUUUAAUUCUGAUUGUUAACAAAAAUAUAAGAAGUUUUCAAAGCUUGAUCUACAGCUAUAUACGUAAAUAUGUCUAAUCAACCAGGUGCAAGACCACGCGUUCGCGUUCCUUAUCCUCAACUCAUUGGAAAAGUUGGUAUUCGUCCUGUCUCGACCUUUACGGGUCCCAGGAUGUCUUUUCGACCAAGGCUUCCACCAUCUGUUGUUGGCAUACGUUAUAGUCCAUCAGCAGUUGCUAAUACCUUUAAGCCACGCGGCGGUUCAAUUUCUGUUCGUCCGAGGGCAAUAUUAGCAUCACCCCAGGCUGCAAAACCGGACUCUAAUGUUACCGCACCAAAUUUGCUUGGUCGUGCCAUAAUAUCUGCAGCAAUUUCAACAUCUGGUUGUACUCAAAUUGAAAAUCCCAUAGCUAAUCUUGGUGUUGGUGUUGGUGUUGUUGCUGCUAAGCCGAGAGUUCCAGACAAAGAGCAUGGAGAACGUGGUGAAUGUAAUCGUGGUGGCGCGCAUGCACCGUUGUUGGAUUUAUUGUUUACACGGCCACAAGCCUGUGUUUCCAAAAUGGGUGAAACUGGGCGCCAUGUUCUAGUUAAUACAAAUUAUUUCAAGAUCUUAAAAAAACCAAAAUGGAACAUACAUCAAUAUAGAGUAGAUUUUGUACCGGAAAUUGAUGUAAACCACGUUCGUCGUAAAUUAAUUAUGGAACAUAAGGAAAAAUUUGGUGGAUAUAUAUUUGAUGGCACAAUGCUUUUUACUACUAAUGAUUUAAGAGGGGCUAGGCAUCAUCAUGAAUUAUAUCUAACAUCUGAGUAUCGUGAUGGAAAGAAGGUGCUUAUUAAAAUUAAACAUGUUGGUAUUGUCGAUGCAAAUGAGGCUCAACUGUUCCAAGUAUUGAAUUUAAUCUUACGUCAAUCAAUGGGUGGACUGGAUUUGCAACAAAUAGCUCGUCACUUUUUUGAUCCUUAUGCUAAGAUUAGCAUGGAUCCGUAUCAUAUUGAAAUCUGGCCAGGUUAUAUUACAUCCAUUCGUCAACAUGAGCGCGAUAUUCUUCUUUGCGCUGAGAUUACACAUAAAGUUAUGCGCAACGAUACACUUUACACCAUACUUCGUCAACUAACGGUCGAAACUAAAGACUAUCAAAAAGCUUUUAAGAAUGAAGUUAUUGGUUCUAUCGCUUUAACUGAUUAUAACAAUAAGACUUAUCGUAUAACUGAUGUUGAUUUUAAGAGUUCUCCUCUAUCGACAUUUUCAUUGAAAGAUAAACAAGUUUCAUUUGCUGAAUAUUUUAAAUCGCGUUAUAAUCUAAUCAUAACCGACACCAGUCAACCAAUGUUAAUAUCGAAACCAACCAAUAAGAAUAUACGUGGUGGCCAAGAAGAAUUCAUCUCAUUGAUUCCUGAGUUCACGCGUGCAACUGGUAUUACUGAUCAUAUGAGAACAAACGUUCGUUUAAUGAAAUCGAUGAGCGAUUAUACUCGGCUCAAUCCAGAAAUGAGAAUUCAACGCUUGAGAAAUUUCAACGAACGUCUCAAUUCUUCUGCUAAAAGUACAGAGGUUCUUGAAGAGUGGAAUAUGAAAUUGGAUAAGGACUUACUUAAAAUUCCAGCACGUAUAUUACCGCAUGAACAAAUUUUACUAGGUCAUGGUGUUCGGUAUGUAUGUGAUGAGAAAGCUAACUGGACCCGUGAGUUCCGCAAGAGUUCAAUGUUUUGUAAUGCCGAAAUAAGUCGCUGGCAAGUAAUCCUCCCAUCACGUUGUUGUCGUGAAACUAAAUUGUUUGUUCAAAUGUGUAUCAAAGUAGCAAGGAACAUGGGUUUGGCAUUAGCCACACCAAAAUACAUUGAAAUGGAUGACGAUCGUAAUAACUCUUAUACAACUGCAGUUGAAAUGGCCACAUCAGAGGAUCCUCAAAUUUUAAUGAUUGUUAUUCAACAACCCAACGAGGAAAAGUACUCUGUUAUUAAAAAGAAGUGUUGCAUUGAUCGUCCGGUUGCAUCACAAAUAGUUACUAUGAAAAUGAUAGCACCUACUUCAGAAAAAGGAGCUGGUUUGAUGUCAAUUGCAACUAAAGUUGUCAUACAAAUGAACGCUAAACUACGCGGUAUACCAUGGAUGAUUGAUCUACCACUCAAAGGUCUGAUGACAAUUGGAUUUGAUGUGUGUCAUUCAUCUAAGGAUAAGAAUACAUCCUAUAGCGCCCUUGUUGCCACAAUGGAUGUGCGCAGUUCAUCAAGAUAUUUUUCGGCUGUUAGUAAGCACCAAAAAUUCCAAGAGCUCUCAAAUGAUAUAAUACUUCACUUUACAUUUGCUUUAAAAGCAUACAAAGACGAACAUGGAACUUUGCCUGAACGCAUUGUAUUUUAUCGUGAUGGUGUCGGCGAUGGUCAACUGCAUCAAGUAGUAAAUACUGAGCUUAACCAUUUACGAAUGAAGGCACAGGAAAUCUAUGAAGCGGCUGGAAAACAUGAACGUUUAGCUUUCAUAAUUGUUUCCAAACGUUUAAAUACCCGUUUGUUCAUUAAAAAUAAUAAUCCACCACCAGGAACAGUCGUCGAUGAUGUUAUAACAUUGCCGGAACGUUAUGAUUUCUUCAUAGUUUCGCAAAGUGUACGCCAGGGUACAGUUUCUCCUACGAGUUAUAAUGUAAUUUAUGAUACCAUGGGUCUCACACCAGAUCGUAUUCAAAUGUUGACUUAUAAAAUGUCACACUUAUACUACAACUACACAGGUACCUGUCGUGUCCCGGCUGUUUGUCAGUAUGCGCAUAAGUUAGCUUAUUUAGUUGCUGAAAGCAUACAUUGUUCACCCUCUCAAUUGCAUGAUAGAAAUUUAUACUUUUUGUAAGGCUAAAAUAGUCUUAAUUUUUUUAAUUUUUUUUCUAUCAAUUAAU